GAAUCCAAUUCUGCUGGUUGGCAGUCAGAACAGUACUGUCAAAAGCAGGGUAGUCUGGUCAAAUAGAAACAUUUUUUUUUCUUUGCCAAGGGAUGUUUGGAAUUUUAGUUAAAUAACAUUCGGGGUGGUGUUUCUCUGAGAGUGCACAUACCUACGGUCGGGAAAAAAUUUCAUCAAUUUUAACCACUUAGAGUGUCCUCAAAACAGCAGAUUUGACUACCCCAAGAAAAAUUUCCAAGAAAUAACCCAAAAGAAAAAAUAAAAACGCAACAAAAAAUCUUAUAAGAAAUUAAAUAAAAAUAAUGUUGUGAACGAGAGUGAAAAUAAAAUUAGGUUUUUUUCCUUUUGAUGUUUUUUCUUUUACAAUCAAAUUCAUUUUAUAUUCAAUGAAGAAAAAAAUUCAAUUACUAUUGUGCAAUCGAUUGAAAUUUUAAAAAGCAAUAUUACUUCUCUUUAAUUUUAAAUUAAAGAAGAAAAUAGAAUAAAUUUAUAAAUUAAUUAUUUAUUUAAAUAUCUGUGGAAAUGUCUGUUGAAAGUAAUACACCCGUGGAUCCAAGAGUUCAAGUUGAACUGGAAAAACUUAACUCUGCCACUGACAAUAUUAACAAAUACGAAGUGGAAUUGGAAGAAGCAAAAUGUGAAUUCAAAAAACUUCUAGCCGAAAGUGUUGAACGAAUAAAGCAAUCCGCCCACAAGCUUAGCAAUUCAAUUCAAACAGCCAAGCCCUACUAUGAAGCACGUCUAUAUGCUACCCAGCUUUCCAAAGAAACACAAUUGGCUGCUAGUAAUUUUGAAAAGGCCAAAUCUGUUCAUGCAGCUGCCAAAGAAAUGGUCUAUUUAGCUGAACAAGGAUUGGGAGAAAAAUCUACAUUAGAUACUGCCUGCCAAGAGAUGUUAAGUCAUGCAGCUGGACGUGUAAAUCAGUCGCAAGUUGAAUGUACUGAAACUCGAAAUAUCCUUAAAAUGUGCGAGCUAAAACAAGAGGUUGCUAAUAAUCGUGUAGCUAAAUUGCAAUCACAACUAAAGGCUGCUAUAAAAGCUUCGAGUUACAACAUUCGAAGAAAGCUUCUUUUAAUCAAUUUAUUGGCAUACCAACAUGAUUUAUUAAGUUUACCCUAUUAUGAAACUCGAGCUAACUACAACGGACUUUUAAAAACCCAAAAAGAAAGAAUCACAAGUUUAGAAAGUCGAGUAGCAGAAGCAAAAAUGUCUUACAAUGAUGCCCUAAAAAAUCUUGAACAAAUUUCCGAGGAAAUUCAUAAAAUGCGACAAGAAAAACGUAAAUUCAUGCAAAUAGAACAAAAGGCUGCUGCAGAGACUCACGCACAAGAUGCUGUUGAUAAUUCCACAUCAUCAUUUCCAUGUCGCAUUGAGUCAUGUGAUGAGUAUCUGGAAAUCCCUCCAAAGCUUAGCACAAAAUCCAGUCCGGUUCGACAGAAAUACCCCGACCAACAUGACUGUCCACACUUACUACAGGAUUUUGAGUCCAUUUUAAGAUUCCCGCCAGCUUCAACGGGCGGUUAUGGAGAUAUACCAAAAUCAUCGAGUGACACUUUGUGUUCGACAAUUGCCCGCCAACAAUUGGUUACAACUUCACCAAUAAUUACAAACGAUGACAUAGAGCAAUGGACUGAAAUCCGAUUGUCAAAUUCGGGCAGCACCAGUUCCAGUUAUUCGCAUCAUUCGGGCAGUGGUGGUGGUCUGGCUAGUGGGUUGAUCGAUGAUCAUACACCAACUGGAAGUGAGACUUCAUCGUCAGAUGAAACUAGGAAGGUUACUUGCACGACGGUAUUCACCAUGGACGAUGGUUUGGAGGAGAAGAAACGCUCUGGUGGGGAUACAGGUGGUAUAACAACAUGGAUAUCACGGUCAAGUAGUUUUAAGACGUCAGGACGUAGGCAGAGUUUAGAUUUAUUGAUCGAUGCCAGUGACAAGGUGAAGGAUGUCUUCACUUUUGGAAUGCAGAGAGUUGGAAAAUCUCUGGAGCGACGGAAUAGUGAAUCCGAGAUGAAUAAUGAAAAUAGUGAUUUUUUCCUUUUCUCAAGAUCAGAUAAAGAUCAUCUUUCUGAUGAACAAGUUGAGAAUUUACUUUUGAAUGAUGAAGGAGACUUAGGACUACAAAAUAUGAAUGACAUAUCAAAUUAUUAAAAAGAAAAGCAAACUUAAUUAAUUAAUUCGAGAGAAGAAUUUAUAGCUAAAGCAAUGAAAAAAAAAAAACAAAAAUCCUACUAUUUUUCAAUUUUGUUAUUAAUAUUUGCUAAUUUUUAAGUAGAUUAUUUAUUUU